UGGUUCAUAGGGCAACAAACAGCAGCGUACGCCGCCGGGGACAUCAAUGGUGGAGUACGCGUCCAUUCAGGGAAAGGUCUGAGAGAGACCACUACUGGGGCUUACAUGGAGAGCUGAAACUGGAUAUGAGGCUAACGUCCUUAAUGAUGUACAUAUCUCCGCUCCUGCUAUUUAUUUUGUAUGUAUAUAUUGGAUUUUCUCAAGCUGCACCUCGCAUCAGUCCCUACGAUGCGUCGCCUAUCUCCAGGAAGCCCGGCUCAGCCUCCGACACCUGGGAGACCUUUCACACCGACAUGCCUCGUACUUUGUCCGAGAGCAGGUUAGCUCUCGGGCCUCUCACCGGAUUCACACCUUCGCCUGCCAUUGUUUCUGCCGGCCCAAGCACCACUACUAGCUCUAUUUCUAAAACUGCAACCACCUUCCAGUUCCCUACAACGGACCCCACCACCACCUACACUGCUACCAACACCCCCGCUACUGGAAUAAUUUCAGCCACUAAAGAACAAAUAACAGCGCCGAGUUCCAAAUCAACCGGCGCACGCAAAAGAUCCACCGAUGCACAAACAUCACUUUUUACUCCGGAGAAAAUACUGCAGACCAUGGUGUCCAUGGUCUCCCAGCGCACAGCAAACGAUGCCUUGGCAGCAGAUAAUAUUGGCACAUCUGUUACCUCAGUAGAGAAUAGUCAAGAGGGUCUUUGUAACUGCAGCAGUGGUGGUGAGGGGAUUUUGGAUCCAGACGAGUGUGUUCCGAGCACUGGGCAGUGUUUGUGUCUGUCAGGCUACACCGGUCUACAGUGUGAGGACUGUGAGGAGGGACACUUCACUAAUGGCACCAGCGGCUGCCUGUCCUGUGCCUGCGACUCCUUCGGCGCAGUGAACCACCUCUGUGACAGCUCAGGGAUUUGUGUGUGCAAGACAGGAGUGUAUGGACCAAAGUGUGAUGAAUGCCACCCAGGUUUCUUCCGCUUCAGCAGCACUGGUUGCCAGCCCUGCCAGUGUCAGAACCACACCAACUACUGCCAUCCACAGUCCGGAGUGUGUCUGAACUGUGAGGGCAACACCCAGGGAUUCAACUGUGAGGAGUGUAAGCCUGGUUUCUACCGCAGCCCGGGAACUGCCCUGACCGAAGCCUGUGCACCAUGUCCCUGCUCCAACUCCACCUCCACCGGCACCUGUCAAACCGAUCCCAGUGGCUCCCCGGAGUGUGACCAGUGCCUUCCCCGGUACAGCGGCCCAUACUGUGACAAGUGUAGUGCCGGCUUCUACAAAGCAUCUGGGUUUUGUGUUCCAUGUGACUGCAGUGGGAAUGCAGACCCUCAGGACCCUGCCCAGCUCUGUCACCCCGACACUGGCCACUGUCUCCGCUGCAUCAACAACACCACCGGGCCCCAGUGCCAGCUCUGUGCACCGGGCUUUAUAGGGGACGCCCGAGCACAUAACUGCACCCGUCCAACACCCCAGCUUCUUCCCACACCAGCAGAUACAACCACAACAGAAGCUCUCACAUUGAGUACAUCUUCCCCCUCUACGACCACCACCAGCACCACUCUGACCUCCACCACAGCAAGAGGUGUCCCAGCUUCCGCGUCCAGCAACAACACAAGCACCGCGCUGAGCACUGCAGCCACCACCCAGGCACUGCUAACCAGCCUGAGCAGCCCUACUGACAACACUACGGCAGCCCUGACGGAAGUCUCCUGGACGCAGUUCAACAUUAUUAUCCUGGCUGUCAUCAUUCUGGUGGUGCUGCUGCUGCUGGGCUUUGUCGGAGGCGUGUACACCUACAGGGAGUACCAGAACCGCAAGCUCAACGCCCCCUUCUGGACCAUUGAACUGAAAGAGGACAACAUCAGCUUCAGCAGCUACCAUGACAGCAUCCCCAACGCUGACGUGUCGGGCUUACUGGAGGACGAGGUCAAUGAGGUGGCGCCCAACGGCCAGCUGGCUCUCACCACACAGGGCAACUGCUACAAGGCUUAGCACUCCAUCCAUUCCUAGAUUUACAGAUGACACAAAGCUGCUGGAAAAGUACCAAAUCCAAAGCUCCUUUAUGUAUGACUGCUUGUUGUUCCCCUGCUGGUCUGUGGCACUUCACACAACACAGUGAGAACAAGCAGAUGUGAUCAAAGAUAUGGAAAAGAGACGCAAAGUUUCCACUAGAAACAUUUUACCUUUUUGAUAUGAUUUUGUGAGGAAUGGGUGAUCAGUGAAAAGUGUCCAAAGAACAAAGUGGGGUUGAGGUUUUGAUGUGCCUGCAGGGGGCACUGUGGUGCAGAGUAGUGAGGUAAUUGGCAUGAUGUAAGAAAGGUGCAAAACAUAAACCUGUUGGCUGAAACACUGAUCCUGACACUGGUUAGAGGAUUUACGGGAGCCUAGCAUUUCAGAUAUUUUUAAAAUGGACUUUUGACUGUUUAAGUUAUAAUUGGAUCACUCGAUCAGUGAUCUUGAGAAACUGAGACAAUGAUUGUUAUUUAAUGAAUUUUUAUUCAGUUGUUAUUUAUUGGUUGACGUUUCAUUCUUGGGGAAAAAUGCUGCACAUGUAUGAUGUGUUUAUUCAUGGUGUUUUAUCUUAUGUGCUGUUGAAUGGUAAUUUGAAUUGGCCAAUAUGUUUUCAUGUAUAGUUUGUGUGUUUUGGAGAGAAUCAUAGGGGAAGAUGAAGGGUGCUGGCACAAGCAUUUUUAAUGACCUCAUCUUAUGUUUAUAGCUUCCUGUCUUUUGUUAACGUGUGCCAGCUCACCUGAAGUAUCCAAGAGGAGUGUUUCUUUCAAAGAAACUACAGCUACCGUUUAUAAACUCUCACCAUUUGACACUACUGCAGGGUAGUGACUGUUACUGGGCUUGCAUAAACCGCCUACCUACAUGCAGUCUAAUCUGCUCUUUGCUGCCCCAGCAAAGCUGAACAAAAGCAUUUGAAAAAGGUGUCACAUUUAUGUAGAGGUUGGGCUCCGUGACUCAGUUGAUAGGACCAUUUAAAACAUAAACAGUUUUCUAGUAUUGAUACUGUUGUUAUGGAGUAACACUGUAAAUUUUUGUCAGCCUACCGGUUAUUUUUAUCACCUGUAAUCAAGUUGCAUCAGCUUAAAGGGAUAGUUCAGACUUUUUGAAGUUGGGUUGCAUGGGGUACUUUUCCAUAGACAGUAUAUGACAAACAGUAGAUGUUAGUCAGCACGUCCUGAAUUUGGAGAGGCAGACUGGGGACUGACAUGGAAACUAAGCAAUGUACUGCUGAGGAGGGGUCAGCAACAAAACAUAUUUCAGCCACCUAAAAAUAGUCCUCCCUAAAAAAAUCAUUUUCGGUUUAACUGUACGCUAUAUUGACAGUAUUUUCACUGCUAUACCUUAAUGUCAGAUAGUUAUUUCCAACUGGAAAAUGAAGCCAUUAUAUCGCUCUCUUCAAAGCCAGACUCCAUGGAGGAAAACAGUGAUUUAACAUUGCUGAACACAGGAGCUGCUGCUGAUGUUAUUGCAUGACUUUGGAGUUUAAAAAGGUUAGUUCAGAUUCACCAAAGUCACACAUUACACAAACUAACUAACCGAUUAAAGCAGUGGCAGACCAGCAGCUCCUGUGUUCAGCAAACUAAAGUUACUGUUUUUGUCAGUGGAACUGAAGCUGUUAACUGCUUCCUUGUCAAAACAGGCUUUCAGACUGAAAGGUAAGGUAGUGAAAAUACUCUUAAUAGCAUACACCUAACCUGAAAUUAAUUUUUCCAGGUGGGACUUUUUUAGAUGGCUAAAAUACAUUUUGUUGCUGACCCCAUCCAUACAUACAUUGCUUAGCUUCCCUGUCA